GUGACAACACACAAGAGAGCGUUACGUCGAAUACGAUACUCCUUGUGCAAAAGAGGAACGGGAUUAUACGCCGUACACAAGCCGCCUUGUCGCACCGACGGCAGGUUAUGUUCUCCCCGAGGCGGCGAUGAUGCGCUCGGUCGUCGUUUCUGUGCACAAGGGGGGCCAUUGCCCAGAGUUGAAGCUAGUGCGCUAGCCCGUUUUCGGGGGUGGCUAGCCCGGGGCUCGGCACGACGUGACGCCACUCGAACGGUCCCGCGAGGCGGACACGUCCUGCGGGUUUUCACCCCGCGCGCGCGCGAGAGAGAGAGACAGAGAGAAAAAAAGGAAAAGAAAAGCUAACGCGGCGCUAGCAUCGGCGUUCGCUAGCGAGCGUCGGCUAAACCGGGACCGAGAACACACGGGGAUGGUUCUGUGGAUCGAAACGCUCCGUCUGCAGAGAAAGGCGAGGGGCAAUAAGGGUUAUCGCACCGCCGGGCUGUAACUUUUGGGACUCCGGCUGCUUUUUUAACGGAGGGGGACGGCGCUCACGGUUUUGCGGUGGUUUUUUUUGUUGUUGUCUUGACGCCCGGCUCAUCUUCUCUUCUUCUUCUUCGUUUCUUUUGUUUUUCUCGUGCCCCCUAGAAAGAAGACCGCUACAUGGUAGCCAGGGCCGGCGCCAGAGCUAGCCGAGGGCACGGCUGCGUUGUUUCGAGGGGGGAGAACAAAAGGGAUCUCCGCCCCGCGGCGACGUGUGGCGAAACUCGGUGCUGACUAACCGCGACAAUAAAUCGAGGAUAAGCUGAAGUUUAGGAAAAAAACGAAACGAUAAGUGAACGUUAAGGGUCACCGACUCUUAUUAGCGCGCUAUAAAUGGCACAAGCUUCGCUGGCUGGUCGUUGACGUUAAAUUGAAUAUUUUAACUGGUGUGGAGAUUUUUUUGGGUUUUUUUGUGGCAUUAUCUCUCCUCCCCCCCUCUUCGGAUGCUGGCAUCAAACCCAAACUGCAGUCAUGAUGAUAAUAAGCAGGAAACCAGAGGGCCCCAUAGCAACAGCCCGACAUGGCGACGGUCUGUAUGACUCCUACAUGAGAACAGACCACAUUCUGAAAGACGAAGCAGAUACAAACAGUCCCUCUGGGCUACCCCCCAUGCCCAAACACACGGUGGUCAGUAACAAGGCCGUCAUGAGGGAUCAGGUGACUGUGCGGGGAGGUCAGCUGAAAGUCAAGUACCUGUAUGAAGACUCCACAUACAACCGUAAGAUCAGUGCUGUUACCACGGCAAACACGCACAACAGUGGGACCACUGGUCUGCCGCCCGGCAAACCCGUUCCUGUCUCCAGUCUGUCCAAGGAGCGCAGUGUGGACAGCACGGGCUCCAGUAAGGGCUCUAGUGACUCAUCUGGCCCCCAGGGAACUGGGAACGGAGGGAAUACCACAAGCAGUGGCAAGCUGUGUGGCCCCCUGACUCCAGAGCAGGCUCUGAGACAGUACCGUCCCCAGCUGACCACCCUGGAGCAGACGGAAAUCCACUCCUACCCAGAUGUCUACUUCAUCGGACCCAAUGCAAAGAAGAGGCCUGCUGUGGCCGGGGGCAAUAACAAUUGUGGCUACGAUGAUGAACAGGGGGGCUACAUUCACGUCCCCCACGAUCACCUAGCCUACCGCUACGAGUUUCUCAAGGUGAUUGGCAAGGGGAGCUUUGGGCAGGUGGCCAAGGUGUACGACCAUAAGUUGCAGCAGCACCUGGCCCUGAAGAUGGUGCGCAACGAGAAGCGCUUCCACCGGCAGGCGCAGGAGGAGAUACGCAUCCUCGAGCACCUGCGCAAGCAGGACCGUAACGGCACCAUGAAUGUGGUGCACAUGCUGGAGAACUUCACCUUCCGCAACCACAUCUGCAUGACAUUUGAGCUGCUGAGCAUGAAUCUGUAUGAACUGAUCAAGAGGAACAAGUUCCAGGGCUUUAGCCUGCCGCUGGUGAGGAAGUUUGCCCACUCUAUUCUGCAGUGUCUGGAGGCCCUGAGCAGACACAGGAUCAUCCACUGCGACCUCAAGCCAGAGAACAUCUUGCUCAAGCAGCAGGGACGCAGUGGCAUCAAGGUGAUUGACUUUGGCUCCAGCUGUUUUGAACACCAGCGGGUGUACACUUACAUCCAGUCCCGUUUCUACCGGGCCCCAGAAGUGAUUCUUGGCUCACGUUAUGGCCUACCCAUCGACAUGUGGAGCUUCGGCUGUAUACUGGCCGAACUGCUGACGGGCUAUCCCCUGUUCCCUGGGGAAGAUGAGGGUGACCAGCUGGCCUGUGUCAUGGAGCUGCUGGGCAUGCCUCCACAGAAGGUUCUGGAGCAGGCCAAGCGAGCAAAGAACUUCAUCAACUCCAAGGGACACCCACGCUACUGUGGGGCCAACACGCUGCCCACCGGGGCCACCGUGCUAACAGGGUCUCGCUCCCGCCGCGGCAAGAUGAGGGGCCCGCCAGGCAGCAAGGAGUGGAGCGCUGCACUCAAGGGCUGCGAGGACCCCACCUUUACUGACUUCAUUAAGAAGUGCCUGGACUGGGACCCCUCCUCUCGCCUCACCCCCAGCCAGGCCCUCAGACACCCCUGGCUCUACCGCCGGCUGCCAAAACCCCUGCCUGGGGCCGAGAAGAGCCAGGGUCCCACAGUCAAGAGGCUCCCCGAGCACCACAGCACCUCCUUCCCUUCCAUCAUGGCUAAAGGAGGACCUGGUUUGGUCACUGCCGCGGCCACCAACAACAAACUGAGGAGCAACAUGAUUGGAGACUCAGGGGAGGCCAUACCAUUCCGCACAGUCCUACCCAAACUUGUUUCCUAGAGAGAGAGAGAGAGAGAGAGAGAGAAUCUUUGCUCCUUUCUCUGUCUCCCUCUCUCUGUCUCCCUCUCUCUUUCUUCCUUCCUUCACUUUAUCACCAUCUCCACUCCUCAGGAGGGGUAGGAGUACGGAACGGACCGGAGCCUUGGUUUUAAAAAAUCGUUUGAUUUGUUCCUUUUAUUUGUUUUCUACAGAGUGGUGUCGACACCCCUGGUUUUUAAUAUUAGCCUAAGUGAGUGACACAGCGAAAGAAAUGAAUAAGACACUUUAAAAGCUUUGUCACAGCUUGUUUCUUUGAGCAGCUGUGUGAUUUUUGUCUGACAACCAUUAUUGAGGUUUGAUUUGGACAUUGCUUUUUAAAGAAAAAACAACAACUUUGUGCGAGUGGAAUGCUCUGUACAUGAACGAAUGUUUUCACCUGUGUGUUCUCACGUGAGUGUCAAUGAGUUGCACAUACACAUUCACAAUCUGUUUUUAAAUGCUCAGCUGUGUGAGUGAAACUAAACAAAAAUAAGAAAAAAAGGGCUGUAGAGGUGACGCUUGUAUCAGGUAUUAAGUCCUGGUCAUCACCUUUUGGUUUUUUAUAGGAAAUGAAACACGCUCUAGUUUUAAGGCCCUGCACACAAAAGCACACUUGGUACACAUACAUACACACAGAUGAAGAUGGGUUGGCAUUGUGAUGUGAAUGAUUUAGGAAUAUAAUUUUAGCAAUAAAUUAAGCCUGCAUUUUCUUACCCCCCCCCCCCCCACUCUGCUCAGACUUUCCUGAUCUCCAGUGAUUGCAUGUCAGCUGUGCGGGUGUGUGUAUGUGGUUCUCAGUGUGUGUGUUUGUGUGUGUGUGUGUGCACGUGCGCAUGUGAACGUGUCAGACUUAAGCAUGUGGUGCUAGCGUAUGAGUCAUUGAGAAGGUAUGGGACCAGCUAAUUAAAGUCCCCAACUGCUACCCCAGCCUUCUCUGGUUGGAAAGUGAUAAAGGGGAUGAUAGUGUCUCUGCUCUCUAACUGUGUCACGACCGCUCUGUACUUCACAGGGUGGUUCAUAUGAAACUGAGAAACACAGACACGCACACAAACACCUGUAGGUCACUGCCAGGAAUUUUGGUGUUGGAAAGUGAGAGGUAGAAAUUGCAGUGCUAGCAACUCUUCCAUGCUGCUGAUCGGUUGGUUAAGAGUUGGCAAUGAUAGUCACAUUAAAGCCAUUGGAGUAAAAGUGCAUGAUGGGAUGAUAUGGAGAGCAGUAUAAGAAUAUUAUUGUUAUAAUUAUUAUUAUUAUUAAAAACUUGGGCUCAAGCUGGCCAGUGAUAAGAUGGGAGUGUGAACGUUCUAUGGUUACUGAGGAAAGAGGUCUUUCUCAGGGAGACAUACUUGAUACAUCCUUUACCCUUCUGUCUGUUUUACUUUACUUACACUUGCACUGUCCAGACCGUAGAUGAACAUGCAUGCAGUUCGCAGUUUCCCACAGAGAGAAAAUGCAUAUUAAUAUAUAUAUAUAUAUAUAAUAUGUGUGUGUCUGCAGUGGGGGUCUUCAUGCGCCACAAUUUGAUCUAGAUUCUCCCUCCUUCCCCACUUGUUCAUUCUCUCUCGUUUUCCGACUGUCAUGUAGGGCAGGGAAUCUCUUAAAGUCACAAAUUGUGAAUUAUGGUGCUUUCCAAACUGACACACAAACACACACACACAGUGACCGUAACACACAAAUGUGUGCACACGUGAACACAAAUGAUGCUAGGUGCAUGUUGUAUGGACCAGACCACUCAAAAGAGUUCAGGGAGAAGAAAAAAACUCAGUUGUACUCUCUCUCUCUCUGUCUUCUUUCAAAAACUUUUUCUCUCAGUAAACUGUCAGGGAUUUCUAAUCUUCCUGUCUCCUUUUUUAAUAUAGAAGUGAUUUCUAUUGCUGUUCUCUCCAGAAUAUCAGAGGAUUUUUAACUGCAGAGGCGGGGGGUGAAAAGAGAAAGUUGUAUGCUGACAUGUUAUUCUAGCUAGUAGGAGGGUGUUUGGUGUUCCAGCAUGACACCAGAACAUGUUAUACAGACUGAGUGACUAUGAGAAGAGAAACUGUACAGUAACCAAAUGAACUUGUGAUAGUUUCUUUUUCUAAAGAAAAUAAAAUGGAUUAUUAACUGAA